GUUUGUCUUAGAAGCCAUUCACUGACAGCUCAUUCAUCCACGCCAAAGAUUCAGAGUGGACAGAUGAUUGAGGGUAGGUUACAUAUCACCUCUCGUCUCGGUCCUGAGUCUUGGUGGGCUUGGUUCAUUAUCAUAUUUUCUACAUCCCAACGUCGACUUGAAGCUGGAUAACGCUGCUCAUAUAUUUUUUAUAUUGCCUUCAACAUACCUAUCAUCGCAAGGGUUUGGAGAUACCCAUCCAUUUAAAACACCUAUGCACACACCGCCUUGAAAAGCUCGUCCAUUAAACAGCACAAUGGAUCCUCACAAUCCCGCACCACCACAGUCACCAGUGGGAGGACAUGAGAUCGACUCCUCGUCCACAGCUUCACCACCAACGUCCACCAUCAUUACCACUCCCCUCACUGUCCCAGCAUCCAUACCAACCCCAGCAGCCGGCGUCCCAUCCGGAAUCUCUCCACCCAGCCCUCCCACCACGCCCAUCGCUACAAUGUCAGACUUAUCAGGCCCUCCUUGGCCUCGCCCACCUACACCAAGACCACCGCUACCUCUCCCGGACCGAGUCUGCGGCUUGGACGGUGCAAAUACGCCACCGGGUACCCCUAUCGCUGGUCCCAGUUUCCCUCAGCCACCGUUCUCUUCAUACCCAGUUGCAAGCAGUCAGUCUGGGCCGCUCACUCUACAGCCCGUUGAUGACAGGGGUUCUCCAAUCCCAGUUCCGGAUAUCUUUGAACCGCCAAAGGAGGAUUCUGGGACACGUCCGGUUCUGCGUCUCCGUCCUGAAACCGGGGUGGGAGAGCCACAUGGCAAUGUGGAAAGUCAUGGUGUCAUGAGAUCGCUGGAUGAGAUUGUGAACUCAAGUGGAUUCGAGAUAGGCGAUUUAGCCGAUGAGGAUUUCUACGCAGACGCAGACAUCGGCUCGGGGAGCGAAGCCAGCUCCCUCAGUUCACUAUGGGCAAGCCGUGCUUACCUUGACCACAGAAGCGGAUAUUUGGGUGAGAGUGUACGGGCCGGGCCUCCUGACCAUGAGCACCACCUCAAUAACGACGACAACGGUGCAGGCGAAGGAAACAAGAAGGGCAAACGCAAGGCAUGUGAUUGUGCGUACUGCGACCCCGACUCAGACCCCCACCAUGACGGCUAUUUCAGCGAUUCUGGGACAGCGACAGGAGACGAGGGGCCUCGACGAGCAGGGCCAUUCGUGCCUUCAUUCCAUGAUUCGCAAACGGCGCCUGUGAAACGGGGGAGUUUUGUGUUUCGCAACAGCUACGAGGGCGAGAAUAGAGAUAUGCAUGAGAGGGGCGGUGAUGGCGAGGAUGAGGUGAUAGUGUCCGUUGGUUGUGAACUCGAGUUUCCCUUGGCGCCUGAGAGGAGCGAGGGUCAGCGCAUCAGCGAUGAGGUUGCGAGGUUUGCGCCUCCUGGGCCAGGGAGAGAGAUCCAUCGCUUGCCGGCUUCGGUGCCGGUAUGUAUUCGGAAGCCACCUGCUAGAGCUGUGUCAUAUCGUGGUCGUCGACGCUAUCGGACAGGCUCCCCAGAAUUCAUUCCUGACCCCUCCAUCAUACAGCUCCUCACGCCGCAGGGCACAGUCGGUGCACAGUUUAACAACGUGGCGGAUGUGCAGGUGACGGCUGAAAUUGGGUUGCUAGGGGGAGGUUAUGGGAUGAGGGAAAUUAGGAGCAACGGCGGGUGUGACGAGGUGAUACGCGGGUGGGGAGGGGUCAAGGGAUCUGUGAUUGAGUUUAAAGGGGGGGAUAAAUGGGAGCUCAACUUGAAGGGGAAGGAGGCCGAAUUGAAUAAGGAGGCCAAGAUGGGAAGAGAUUCCCCGAGUGGUUUCUAUGACGGCGACGACGAGGGAACAAUAGGGGCUGCAUCAGAUCCUGAAGGCGCGGUAGCCCAGCUCAACGCCCAACCAGCCAACCAGGAUUUUGUUCUUGGGCCUGGUGAGACGAGGCCGUAUAUUCUUGAUGUGAUCCACGAUGAUCCCAACAAGCCGUUGUCGAGGUAUGCGAAUGUCGGAGACUACAGCAUCAAUUUACGAGGCUCUGAGAAGGGUGAUGGCUUUACCGUGCGGUUGAGAGAUAGAAGGGGUUCCCUGGUGAUCAUGUGGAAGAGGGUUGCCAGGGUUGAGAUUGUGCAUGUGGGAGGGGUGGUAAUUGAGAUCAACGCGGGUGAUGGGGAAUCGAGUGAGGAUGAUGGUGCUAAGAUGGCUGGUAGAGGCGUUGAUUUGAGAGGGGGUGGAGAUAAGGGCAAUGGGAAUGGAUACAGUCAAGGAGAAAAGGGUCUCGAGAAUAUUGGAGCAGACAAAGGAAAGGGACGAGCAACAACUGACUCUUCGACUGUGGGUAGUCUCCCCAGCAACGAUGAAAUCGAAGCAGAGGUGCCACAAAAGACAAGACAAGGCAAGGGAAAAGGGAAAGCAGUUGAAGAUGGCGAUGUUACCCCUCGAAAUCACUACCACUCCGACUCCGAAAGCCACGGCUCCAUUCCACUAUUCUUCGAAACCCCAGCCGACUACGUCCAGACACUCGGCCCACCCCACCGCAUCGAGAACCCAGAACCCGACUACGUCCUCGGAAGCUGUCCCUGUCUCGACCGACCCAUCACCGAUGCCGACACCAACGCGGGUCCCCCGCAGUGUACCUGCAUCCGCCCCGCGAGUCCAGAAACCCCCGUUCCAGAGCCGUGGACUGGUGGUUACUUCAGCCCUCGGUACCAGGAGUUUCUUCGUAGUGGGCCACCGAAUGAGCCAUAUAGUCAUUCGUGUACAGCAUACGAAGAUUCCCAUGGCGAGUGGGUCAGUGAGGUGAGGGGAAACUUGGAGGAAAAUAUUGCAAACCACGCUUCAAGCUCCAAGGGUCCAGAAGAUGCAGUUCCUCCCAACAGGGCCUCGUCAGUGCCAAAGCCUUUGGGUUCUCCAAGCGGGGAUGCACCGAAAAAGCAGCGCGAUGAUGAUGACAGACGGCAGGUGAAGAGUCAGGGUGGUCCAGGCCCCGUCAGUGGGCUAGAAGGGCAACCUGAAGGUGAUACGCCUGUGGGUUCUCGGAAUGGCUCUCAUGUAUAUUCCAGCCAGCGCGAAAAUGUUGCAAAUGAAGGCACCAACUUUACGAACGAAAUACCGCAGUGGGAAAUACCGCAGGAAGACAGCCGCAAACCUAUACUGAUAGGCGUGCCCAUGAGUUUCAUCCACUUCAAGGACCUCUUCACCUCCCUACCUUCUAUCCCCUUCACCCUCCACCCUCACCCUUUCACCUUUCAGGACAGCCUACCAUCACCACGAUUCAAUUCUUCCCACCCCACGAAUUCCCAAGCAUCCAUUACCAACACCCUCCAUCAGCACCCCACCCCCAAUUCACGCAUUACAGCCCCUUUAUCCCGCACCCCCAAAACUUAUACCCCCACAACCAUCCCCAGGGGGUCCACCAACCUCCCUCCAUCCCGCCUGAAAUCCCAGAAAGCAACUAUUUCUAUCCCGACGGCCGACCUGCAAGACUCCGCUUCCCCACACCACCUGACCAAGGUGCCGGGCAACAGCAAUCCGGCAGCAACCACGAACAUGCGCCUUCUACUGCCACGCAAAACCCAGCACGCAUCACGCAAGCGACAGGUCCGCAGCCAGCUCCUCUAGACCCUUCAUCCCGGGGACCUGACUCCCCCCUAACUGAGGAACAGAUGGUACGGUUGAUGGUAGCUUUUGAGUUGUUGCGCGAUAUGCAUGUGGAUCUGGUGCAGCGGUUGGGAUCGAGGGGGGUGUAGGAUAAUGAUGAGAUGUACCAUUAGCUUUGGUUGAUUUGAAGUGGUAUAUGGGUUAUAGAUAGGUUAGUUAGGCUUUGUGUAAUUCAAG